AUGAAUCAAAUAUUUUCAGAAACUAUUCGAAUCUAUAAACAUCGGGGAAUUAAAAAGAUUUUAUCAAAAAUAAGACAAAGAUUGAACCAUAACUACCUUACUUCAAUAAACAGUAUUCCAGAAGUCAUAGCAUAUGGAAAUAAUAUGUUCAAUCCGGGUGGUUGUAGAGAGGUAUAUACGGAAGUAAACACCAAACCUACAGCGGUAAAAAAUUGCACCAAAUAUAAAAUUGGAAAUGUUGUCAACAUUAAAUUAUUUUUGGCAGAUAAAACCAGUCAACAAUAUGGUGGUCCUUAUACUAUUGAAAAAGUAUCUGCCAAAGGGUUUUGGAUCAAAGUUUAA